GCACAAACACAUUAAUCUAAGCUUAUGAUAAAUCAAAAAAUGGAAGAACAAGAAAUGUUCCCCAUAUCAAGCUUAAUCUAAGCUUAUGAUAAAAUUUUCCUGUGCCGUAGGUCUAAAUAAUCGGACCGAGGGAGCGUAUCGUACGGAACCUUUCGACUUUUGAAUGGGUAUUGAAUUCCGUUCGGACAAAAAUAAAUUUAUUUUUAUUAUUCUUUUCGAAAUUACGUCGACGCACCAAAAGCACAAGACUGAUCAUAAUGGCGACUCAGCUCUUGAGACGAGUCCUCCGAAACGGAUCCAACUCUAACCCUACCUCAAUUUUACCUUUGGCUAAAUACUUCUUGGCCGAUGCUGCUCCGAUCCGAGCUACUCUCUUUCCCGGCGAUGGAAUCGGCCCCGAAAUCGCCGAGUCCGUUAAACAGGUAUUUAGAACAGCUGAAGUGCCAAUUGAGUGGGAGGAGCACUAUGUUGGAUCUGAAGUUGAUCCCAGAACUCAAAGUUUUCUGACAUGGGAAAGUUUAGAAUCAGUACGACGAAACAGGGUAGGCUUGAAAGGGCCUAUGGCAACUCCAAUCGGAAAAGGUCAUCGAUCUUUGAACCUUACUUUGAGGAAAGAACUUAAUUUAUAUGCCAAUGUUAGGCCUUGCUACAGUCUUCCUGGCUAUAAAACUCGGUAUGAUGAUGUCAAUCUUAUCACUAUCCGUGAAAAUACUGAAGGGGAGUACAGUGGACUUGAACAUCAAGUGGUAAGAGGUGUGGUUGAGAGUCUCAAAAUUAUUACCCGUCAGGCUAGUUUGAGGGUGGCUGAAUAUGCUUUUCACUAUGCCAAGAUGCAUGGAAGAAAGAGAGUGUCUGCAAUACACAAAGCCAAUAUUAUGCAGAGAACAGAUGGUCUCUUCCUCAAGUGUUGUCGUGAAGUUGCAGAGAAGUACCCUGAUAUAAUAUAUGAGGAAGUUGUUAUUGACAAUUGCUGCAUGAUGCUUGUGAAAAAUCCAGCUCUAUUUGAUGUAUUGGUGAUGCCCAACCUCUACGGUGACAUUAUCAGUGAUUUAUGUGCUGGUUUGAUUGGUGGAUUGGGCCUAACACCAAGUUGCAAUAUUGGAGAGGGAGGAAUUGCCCUUGCUGAAGCUGUUCAUGGGUCAGCACCUGAUAUUGCUGGAAAGAAUUUGGCAAAUCCAACUGCCUUGCUGCUGAGUGCUGUGUCAAUGUUGCGCCAUUUAGAAUUCCAUGACAAGGCUGAUAAUAUCCAGAAUGCUAUCCUAGACACAAUUGCAGAGGGAAAGUAUCGAACUGCUGAUCUUGGUGGCUCUUCAACAACAACGGAUUUUACAAAGGCUAUUUGUGACCAUCUUUAAAGAUAUGUUGCAACAAGAAUUGAGGGCAUGCUGAAUUUCUAGCUUCCAUUUUUUUGAGCCAUGUUUCAGAUGUUCAUUUCUUUCACAGAAGUUCUAUGUUUAAGGGGAAUAAGACCCGUCACCUUGAUGACUAUCUAAAAGUUGGCCCUGUUGUCACUGUUCUGCCUGGGGGAAUAUGGGCGUCCUUGAGAAGGUAAAUACAUCAUAAUUAAUGUGCUAGCCGACAUGUGAAAUGCCAAAAAAUAUUCAACUAAAAGAUUGUUAGGGGAAAAUUGCCUGUCGCCGAGAAUUUUUGUUUGCAUUUUGGUAAUUCUGAUCAUUAAUCUUAUAACAGCAAAUAAACGUAUUAUUAUGUACUAGAGACGAAAGUUGCUUUUUAACUUUGGUUAAUUUUUUGCUCUAGUUAAAGAGUUAAAAUAUUCAGUUUUUAUGCCA